AACACACGCACACGCGAAACCGUCUGCACGUCCUCGCGCGCCCAGCGGACGUCGCGGAUGUGGAGAGGAAACACCGUUACACGCGCGCGCGCGCAGAUGGAGGGAGGAUCUCUCACUCCUCAGUUUUACUGAGUUUUAGCCCACUACUUAGUUCACCUUCAAACCACAUGAGACUUUUCGUUAUAACCCGUUUUGCUGGUCCUCUCUUCGACUCGGUUCUGCCAAUUUGUCUGCGCUUUAACGGAUCGAGGAGUCUCGUGCGCUGCCUCGCGCGCAGGGAGAGCCGGCACGAGACCGUUAACGGUUAACCGAAGCGGAGCAACGGAUGCUCUCACAAGUCGACGAGGCUCUGACGGAGACUUCAGCUCGGUUCCGCCUGUGUACCGAAUACUGAUCCAGCGCGUGGUACCGAGUGGAAGCACGGUGUGACCCGGGAUAUCUGCUGUCUGACCCGGGAAAUCUGCUGCCUGAGCGCUUGUCGGCCGUGAUGACUCGGACUUCGUCGGCAGCCAGCAUGUGUUUGCGCUGGGUGCCGCUCUUGGUGCUGGUCCAUCUUGCAGCAGGGUACAAUCUGGAUGAGCGACAUAGCCUUGAGUUCAGUGGUCCGGCCUCCUCCAUGUUCGGAUUCUCAGUCCUGCUGCAUCUGCAUGAAGAUCACCGCUGGCUAAUAGUCGGAGCUCCCGUAGCGAAUUUAUCCUCCGGUAGGUCUGGUUCUGCUCGAUCUCCUGGAGCUCUGUACCGCUGCAGCAUCACUGAAGAGACGCACUCCUGCCAACGCUUGCCAGCUGACACACCGGCAAACUGUGGGAAGACGUGUGAAGCAGAGCGUGAUGAACAAUGGCUGGGAGUCAGUCUGUCUGGACAACCUGGACACAAUGGACAAAUCCUGGCAUGUGCGCAUCUCUGGAAGAACGUUUACUACUCGAGGAAGGACAGUCAGAACCACAAGCUUCCCCACGGAGCCUGUUAUCGCUACAGCAACGACCUGAUACAGUCCCAGCCCAUCAUCCCCUGCUACAGAGACCACCAGAGGAAGUUUGGUGAGGAUUACGGGUCAUGUCAGGCUGGCAUUUCCAACUUUCUGACAGAGGAUCUGAUCAUCAUGGGAGCUCCAGGAACAAAUUACUGGACGGGUUCAGUUCUGGUCUUCAACACGUCCAGCGGUGGGAUGUCUGCAUACCUGGAUGACGACUCAUUAGCUGUGGGCUACGGAAGCUACCUGGGUUACUCAGUUGGAGCCGGUCAUUUCCUGAGUCCUGCUAGUUUGGAGGUGGUUGGUGGAGCUCCGCAGCACAACAAGAAGGGCAAGGUCCUGGUUUUCACAGUAGACAACAGCAUGCUGCGUGUGGCCUCUGCGGUGUACGGAACAGAGCUGGGAUCAUACUUCGGCUCCAGCGUGUGUGCAGUGGAUCUGAAUGCUGAUGGUCUGUCGGACCUGUUGGUUGGUGCCCCCAUGGCAACGGGUGUCGCAAGGGAGGAAGGACGAGUCUACGUGUACAUCAACCAAGGACAGGCAAAUCUUUUGGAGGCCGACUUUCAACUCAGUGGCAGCAACGCCUACGCUGCCCGAUUUGGAGAAACUAUAGUUGACCUGGGAGAUCUGGAUGAUGAUGGUUACCAUGAUGUGGCAGUUGGUGCCCCACAGGAGGACGAGCUGAAAGGAGCCGUCUACAUUUACAACGGCAGGAACGGUGGCAUCUCAUCCAAUCCAUCUCAGAGGAUUACAGGGUCCACCCUGGGAAAAAACCUCCAGAUGUUCGGCCAGUCGCUAAGCUCUGGCGUUGAUAUAGAUGAUAACGGCUACCAGGAUGUGGCAGUUGGUGCGUUCCUAUCAGACUCUGCUGUGGUUCUCAGGACGCGUCCAGUGAUUCAGGUGAAAGGGUUCCUUACGCUGCCUGAGCAAAUAGACCAGCGAGUGGCGCUGUGCCGUGAACACAACACUCCCACUGUCUGCUUCAAUGUCACCGUUUGCUUCAGCGUCAGAUCCAGGCAGUUCAAAGGAGCUAUAGAUCUUCAAUAUAAUUUGACCUCUGACCUUCUCCAUAAACCAUCCUUCCCUCAUCGUUUCUAUUUUCAUGCCAACGGGUCGGAGCACGUCCACAUGCAUGUUGUGAGAGCGCGACACGGACGGCUCACCUGCACGUCACACUUAGCUUAUCAAAGGAAAGACGUGAGGGAUAUUUUCACUCCGGUCCAGUUUGAGGUUUCUUACAAGCUGCGAGAAACAAACACACACCGAGCUGCUCACAAAAUCUUUCCCCCAUUGAAACCGAUUCUGCAGCAGAGCGCAGGACACCAGAACACCAUCAUCAACCAGACACGGUUCACUCGUUUCUGUUCUCUGGCUAACUGCUCAACCAACAUGGAGCUGUCAGCUCAGCUAGUGUUGCCACAUCAGCAGACGUACUUUGCUUUGGGUUCUGGACACAUUAAGCUGAAAACCUCCCUGCUGAACUCAGGAGACGACGCCUUCCUGCCGCGUCUGACGUUACGCUUCCCAGUCAAUGUCCAGUAUAUUAAUGUGCUACAGAAUGACAAUGCAGUCAGUUGUGAUGUCACACAAGAGGCCAACAGCACAGUGGUGGAAGUUGACUGCAGUGUAACCAGCCUCCUCCUUCCAGCCGGUGCCCAAUUGAAUAUCGACUUUCUGCUGGAAGUUAACCAGAACAGCACACCUGACGACAUCAACAUCCAUGUCAAUACCAGCAGUGAUAACUAUGAGAAGGAGGAAUAUCUCCAUGACAACGCCAUCAGCCUUGUUCUUCCUCUUAAAUAUGGAGUCAAAGUCAACAUUCAUGGUUUUGUGACUCCCACCUCUUUUGUAUUUGGAGAUGAAGACUUGACCCCGGUGGAGUGCUACUCUGAAAGAUUCAAUUACACCUACAAGGUGCUGAACUCUGGUCCCAGCAGGUCCACAGACACUGUGGUUGACAUCGCGCUGCCGAAGAUCCUGGCUCCUCACCGUCACAGACUGCUGCACAUGGUCGACUGGCAGUCGUCUCAGGGUGUGUGUUCCAUUAGCGACACCGCUAUUUCAGUUGCUGAGGAUUGUGACGUCCCUCAAGCUUCCUUCAUCCAACAGCUCAUUUUCUUCUUCUCUUCCACCUCCUCCCGCAGAUUGUUUUGUGGCCGUGGAGACGAUUUGUGUGAGCGGCUGGUGUGUCGUCUGGGGAACCUGGAGGCCGGGAGAGAUGCCACCAUCCGGCUGGAGAUCAAACUGAACCCCGCUGUCCUACUGCAGAUUCCGGGUCGACAUAGUAUCAUGAUGCUGGAGAGCACCGCAACGAUGUCGUCCCCAAGAGAAGAUUCUCACACCGUCCUCGUCCAGAAAGAACCUUUAGCUGAGGUGGUGGUGGAAGCAGUUUUUACCCAAAAACCCUCAACAGUAGUGAAAACCUUCAUCAUUGUGGUCAGUCUCGUUCUGGGCCUGCUGAUCCUGGCUGCUCUCAUCUGGUGUCUGUGGAAGGCUGGUUUCUUUAAGAGGGACUUCGGUAAGAGGAAGGAGCAGGAGGAGGAGUUCAAGAGGGACAGCUGGGACUACGUUCCUAAAAACAAAAAGCGGGAGAGCACCAUCUAACCCCCAGUGGCCUCGGCCUCUGCCUGGAGGAGGAGCUGUUACUGUGCAGCAGUUUUACUGACACAUACAGUCCGUGCAGAUGAAGCGUCAACACCAAUUUGUCCAGACUGUUUCACAGUCUUCAGAGCUGAAGCGCUGACAUGUGUCAAGUGAGCGCCUCCUGAACACACCUGGGACCCCAAACUGAGCUGCUCACUAUACCUUCACAAACCCAGACAAGCUCAAAGACUUGAAACCACGGCGUCACUGAGAGGAUGGAGGGUUCGUUCAAAGGGAAGUAAGACUGGAGCAAUGGAAGGCCUCAGGGCUUCUGGGGUCUCUGACUCAGAGGAAACAAACCAAAGAAUGACACUCGUGAGACGGGAACUGGCCUCACGUUGGCUCAGAACUGUAGAAAAGCUCCCGUUUCUCUCUGAAUAUAUGUUUAUUUUAUAUUUCUAUUCACCUGCUGAGCAACAUUUAAUGCACUGCUCUCACGCAAAGAUGGACGGUGUUGCAGCGUUUAAUGCUUGCUAUUUAACACAGCAUUAAACACUGCAACACCGUACGUCCAUCCAUCCAUCCAUCCAUCCAUCCAUCCAUCCAUCCAUCCAUCCAUCCAUCCAUCCAUCCGUCCAUCCGUCCAUCCGUCCAUCCCUUUUCAACCGUUUAUCCGGGACCUGGUUGAUAUUAAUCACCAUAAAACACAAUGACCCUGUUUUGGUCUUUCAGCCUCUGAAUGGCUGGUUUCACAUGGCACAGUGAGCAGAAACUUUGAAACGUGGACCGUUGGAGGCAGUGAAUAAUACAAAGCCUUCCAAAACAGAAUGUUGAUACCUGACAUCACCCAUUUCAUUUCCUGAGAUUCUGGAACAGCUGCUCUCCUUGUUUUCAGGGCAGUUGGUAGCAAAAACAUGUCUAGUUUCUCACUGACAACUCAUCAACAUACACACACUACUACUACUACUACCACUACUACUACUACUAAUAAUAAUAAUGAGCAUGUAUGAAAUAGCCAAGGUGAAUCGACAAAUCUGUUUAAGUUAUUUAUUGUUUUAGUUAUUUCUUUAACCCGGGUUUGUGAAUAGGCUUCAAUGCAUCUACCAGCAGCAACGCUGAACCUGUAAUGGAUUAAAAGAUAAUGUGAGUGACUGAAAUACAAAUCAAAUUUUUGCUUUAUACUAAAAGAACGGAGCGACGAGCAAUAAUGAUUGUAAAUAUUCUACAAUUCUAGAAUUGAAUUACAAGCAGAUGUAUGUCAAAAUAAGAAGAAUUUAAUUUUCUAAAAGUUUAUUAACAAAUGAUAUGAUUGAUCCAUUUCACUGUGCCAUGUUCUAUUCUGACUGGUUCCACGCCUGCUCGCAUGUUCUGGAUCUGUUGCUUGUGCAGCAGCUUCCUGCUCACAGGAAGCCGCUCAAGGAAAUGUACAAGGAAACUGUUUUGGUGUGUGCAGGAAAAACUCGACAAUGAACAGGAGCAACGUGAACGCAGCUCCGGAGCGUGACUGCCUGCAAGUGCUUCUGACGCUGGGAGCAAACACCAUGUCACCAUGUGAGACCUGCUUCUUUUAUACAGUUUACACAUUUGAUAAACACGUCGCAUACUAAAAAGAACAUUUCAGCUGGUGGCAGUUCUAUAUUUGUAUUUAUGAGUUGAAGGAACAUUUCAGUGUGACCUUGUUUUAAGGUCACACGUUUUAACAGCCCCCAAACGCGCUUUAAAUGACUGAGCCACGGGGUUGAAGAAUGACAGACUACUGUGACAGAACAUUUUAAGCUCAGUUCUGUAUUCUGUGAAUGCAGAUGUUUAAAUCCGUUGUUACCACCGUUUCUGUUUAUUUAGUACAAAGUCACAUCACAAACAUGUUUUUGGUGUUUUAUUACAUUACUGCACUGGAGAGUCUCACUGCUUUUAUUGUCAUGUUUGUAUUAAAAUCAAAUAUUUUCUAUUUAAA